AUGUCUAAGAAUAAUGUAACUGACCAGAAGCUGAAUCUGGAAGCAGUAAUUAAGAACAUUAACAGGAUUUCAUUGGAGUUGAAGAAAACGCAAGAGCUCUCCCAGCUUCUCCUUUGUGACCUCACCCUCUAUUUUAAAUGUCCAGGGGACACAGAUGACUUAAAGGAAACAGAAAGAAACGAGCCCCUCUUUGAAGAGCCUAAAAUGUCAGAUGUGUGCCGUUCUGCCUACGGUUUCUGGGAGCGCAGUUAG